AUGUCUAUAGAAGAUAGCAUUCCUAAUCUAGCUCCUAAUAGCUCUCCCAUAACUUGUAUGGUAUGGAACGUACAAGGGGCGGGUAGUAAAGAAUUUAUCUAUGCUUUAAAAGAAGUAAUAAAGGUUAAUAAGCCUAAUGUUUUCGCUUUGGUUGAAACUCAUAUGGGGGGACAACAAGCGGAAAAAAUAGCCUCAAUUCUUGGUUAUACAGGGCAUACGAGAGUGGAUGCUCAUGGUUUUAGUGGUGGAAUAUGGGUAUACUGGAAAUCAGAACUAGUAUCAGUUGAGCCUAUAGUUAAACAUAGACAAUAUAUUACAAUGGAUAUUAAAAGAGUGGGUGAGACCCCAUGGUACUUCACUGCGGUUUAUGCUAGUCCGGACCCGACCAAACGUAAUGAAUUAUGGCAAGAAUUACAAAAUUUUGCUAAUCAACAUAGUAAACCCUGGCUAUUAGCAGGGGAUUUUAAUGAGACCCGUUUUGCUUGGGAGAGAAGCUCGAGCUGCCAUGAGACUACACGUAGAAUGGCUCUUUUCAAUGAAUGGGUUCAAGAUAUGGAGUUGUUAGAAGUGGAGUUCAACGACCCUUCCCAUACGUGGGCUAGGGGGAAUUCUAUUUCAACUAGAACAAGUGCAAGGCUUGAUAGGGCUUUGUGUAAUGGUGAAUGGAGCCUUAAAUUUGCAAAUGCUGCCUCAAAGAACCUUCCUGCUGUAAGGUCUGAUCACUGCCCGGUUUUGAUAUCCCCUAAUGGUUUUGCUCCUAUCUCGAAUAUAAACAAACCAUUUAGAUUCCAGGCUGCUUGGAUGACACACGAAAAAUUUCGAGAAUUUAUCGAAGAGAAGUGGGAUAAGGAUGCGCCUUUGAUCCCCCAUUUACAAAAAAUAGCAGCAGAGCUCCAAGACUGGAAUCAGUCAGUCUUCCACAACAUAUUCAGAAAGAAACGCAUCCUCCUUGCUCGAAUAGCAGGGGUACAGAAAUCCCUCUCUGAACAGAAAUAA